GGUGCUGAUGCUGUGGAGCGCACAGAGGAGUCAGGUAGAGGAGAGCAGAGGAGUCUGUGUCUGCGAGUGACACGAGUCUGGUGCCGAGUUGUGAAGAAUGGCGUCUUUCUACAGCUGCCUCCUCCUGUUGGUUUUAAUUAGCAACUCCUUGAUGGGCGCAGGAGCGUUCGAGCCCAGAGCCAAGCGCCGGAGAGUCUCCGACAAGUACGGCGAGGACGCCUGGCUUCACCAGCACCAGGAGAGGCCUCACCGGAGGUCCGGGCUGGCCAGGAAGGAGAGGACUCAAGGCGGAGAGGAGGUUAGGGGUUCCCUGCUCCAGGUGGGGGACAUUGGGCAGCCGGAGACUCUGAAACAAGACAGGCUGCAGAGUUUGGAACUUCCGUACAGCCAGAGGGAAAACCAGCCGCCGGGCACGCACACGAAAGGACGCAGGCACAACAAGGAGCAGAGGCGGGCCAAUCAGAAGGAGCGGGUGAAGCAGCACAAAGCCAGAGCCUUUGAAGCCGAGCCCAGCGGCCUUUUGAAAGAAGAUUUAAGCCUCCGCGAGCCCACCCGCUCCGCCCAUGUGGAGAUGUCCUCCAGUGCCGGCUCCUCCUCCUCCGCCGAGACUCCGCCAAGCACAGCCGAGCCCAUGUUUAUUAACGAGCAGCCCACAGCCAUGGUGGAAGCCCCCCUCCGUGCCAAGUCCGGGAAGAAGGGAGGGGAGGUGAUGCCGACGCUGGAUAUGACUCUGUUCGAUUGGACGGAUUAUGAAGACCUGAAGCCGGACACCUGGCCGUCACCGAAAAAAGGAAAACAAAGAGAAAAGCUGAAUGUGACGUCAUUGGCUGAGGAAGAGCCAUGUGAUCACCAUCUGGACUGUCUCCCAGGAUCGUGCUGCGACCUGCGGGAACAUCUCUGCAAACCGCACAACCGCGGCCUCAACAACAAGUGCUACGAUGACUGCAUGUGCACGGAAGGUCUCCGCUGCUACUCCAAAUUCCACCGCAACCAGAGAGUGACGAGGAGGAAAGGGCGCUGCGUGGACCCCGAAUCCAUCAACAAGGACCAAGGAUCGUUUAUUUCUGUCUGAGCGCCCUGCGACCUCCCGCCCGCCAUGUAGCAGACGCCGUUCGCUGUCGUGUCCCCGGCUGACGAGGACGCCAUUUUUAUGUACAUGUAGAUAUUAGGGCCG